CCAUAUAACCACGUGACAACGAUAGCGUCUCUAGCAAUACAAAAUGGUGAAUUUGUUUACUACACAAAUGGGCACGCCUAUCCUUAAUUAACAUUUUUGUCCUUUGAUGACAAUUAUAAAUCUCACCAAAAUCAAAUUAAUCAUUGGAAAAUGAGAUUUACAGCCUGACUUUUGUAAAUAUGUCUAGUAUUGGAAAUCAGACUGGAAUUAAAACUAACUCCAGUGGGGAGGAGUUUCCCAUAGCUGCCAUAGUAUGUCUUGCAGUUGGUGCUUAUGUUGCAAUAGUGAUCAUUAUAAUUGUUAUUAGAUAUGUUCUUUUGAAAAAAGGAACUUGUCAAUCUGAAUGCUGUCAAGGUCAAGACUGUUGUACUUGUAAUGUUUGUGUUCGAUUAAAUGCUGCUUGCCCUUGUUGUUGCACAUCCAAUGCUGACAGUUGUCUGAGUAAACUAUGUGGUCAAAGAAAGAGGACUAACUGCAUUGACAUUUUAUUUUGCAACUGCUGUGGUUGUACUGAUGGCUGUUGCGAUUGUCCAUCUUGUGGAACCAUAUGCUGCAGAGAAACGAAUUGCUGUAGAGAAAUUACAUGUUGUAGAGAAAUAAAGUUUUGUAACACAACUGACAAACAUUUUCACACUUGUUUUGAUUGCUGGGAUGAUGAGGUAGAGAGUAACACUUGUACUUGUUUCUGCUUGGCUGUCAAACUGAGAAGUCCUCGCCAGAGUGCAAGCAUAAAAAGAAGCAAUUCUGUGCCUCAUGAGCUCUACUAUAACACACAUGUUGGGAAGCAAGGGACCGACCUAAGACAUACUGAGGACUUUCAAGAAACAGAAAACGCUUACACUUUGAAAAAUGCCAUGUCAGAUGGUCAUUCUGUGCGCAAGCGUUCAAAGUCACACAGCCCACAUUUCAGCCAAUCACAUGUGAUUGACAAUAACAUAAAUCCUCUAUCACCAACUGAAGAGGACAUUAAAAACAGUAACUCAUAUUCUUCAUCAAAGAUGAAAACAAGAGUUGGUUUUAAUAACAAUGCAACAAAUGAAACUCUAAAAAGAAAAUCCUUGUCCAGCCAACUCUCUAGCAGUUUAUCAGAUGUGUCAAAUCAGGAUCUUUCUUCUAGUGGUGGGCUUUUAAUCAAGCCCAGCAGAGGCAUCCCUGAUAUAAACUCUAAAGGAAAAUCCAUGUCUCGUGCAAGAAGGUCAGUGAAGCCAGGUCAGAGAUCUCAGAGGUUUCCAAACAAAAUAUUGGUAACGUCAGAAUCCUUGAAUGCAGUCAAAUCCUUGAAGUCAUCCUCUGAUUCAGAAGACAUUUUAUUCCAAAAAUCAAUAACAUCUAAGACAUUACCUCAGCCAACAAGUCUGCGAUCUCUUCCAGAAUUGCGACAAUCAAAUACUUAGCAGUUGUUUUUUAUUUUGGCUUUUUACUUUUAGAUCCCGUUUAUAGCAACAAAAAAAAAAUAUAAUUGAACAGGCUACCCAAUAUUUUUAUAAGGAUAUAUUUAUAAUCUUUUUAUAAAAACAAAACCUGCAAUUUGUUUUUAAUUAAUUCUGUUUCAAUGGCAAAUGAAAAUACAUUUUUCAUUUAUUAAAUAAGCCAUAUCAGUCACUAUUAUCUAUGUUUAGUAUUUUUGUUUUUGGUGCUUAUUAUAAAUGUCAUCUUAAAUGCCAUUAUUAAUGGCAACCUAGUCAAGUACAACAGUUUGUUGUAAAAAGAAUAGUUCAGAAUUUAGAUAUAUUUUUUCUGCAGAAGGUAUGGGUAUAAGUGUGGAACUAUCUUCUUAGUAGUCUAAUGUAACUUUGAAAAUAGUGUAGUUUUAUAGAUUUAUUUAUACAUUUCCAUUACCAUAUUAAGGCUUCAUCAUCAUUAUCAGUCCCUUGAUUUGUGUCCUAGCUGUGACAGUUUCCAUAACCAAAUCCCUCCACUCCUCCUUAGCAUCAGUCCUUGGCAGAAUAUGAAGAGAGUCGGGUUAAUUUUUUUUAAGGCUUACAACAACAAGAAAAUCUAUUUCCCUUCCACACAUUGUCUUCCAUUCUGAAACUGUUACAAUGUAUACAUUGGACCUAUUUAAUGUGUCUGGUUGAUAUGGCUAAUGUCACUUCUUUCCUCCAGUUUAAAUUAACACAAAUUUUGUUUUUUAAAUAUCCAUAUUUGAACUCCCUCCUUUUUAUUACUAUAUUCUUAAAAUGCCAUCCCAAUUUCUGUGUCUUUUUAAGGUUAUAUUAUUUUUACAACAUAUUUUAACUGCCCUUUUUGUUUUGUAUUAUCUUCCAUUAAUAAUUUAUUUAAAUAAUAAAGUGAUAGUGACAGUUUAGCAAUACCUCACUAACCAUCCUAAACUUGAUAUUUAAAGGUUUUAUAUUUACCUUUUUUUUUUUUUUUUUGAAGUUUUCAUAUUUAUUGGCUUUAUUUUGUUUUCAAGUUGUACUUGUAGUUGUGAUGUUUACUGUAUCAUAAAACACCUUUUUAUAAAAGCAUUUUUUGGAAUCAAAAUUUUUAAAACUCUCAUUGCACCAUAGAUAGGUAGCAUUCUAGUGUGGAAUUAUCAUUUAGAGCUGUGCAAGAUUUAAUCACAUUUCAAUUGUUGACCCUUUUUAAAUGAUUCAAAUUUGAUUGUUAUAAAAUAGUUUUAUUUUGAUUUAUUUUUUUUUAUUCAUGCCAGAAGUACUUGCCAGUUAUAUUAUCUUACAUUUUACACUAAGAUAAAACUGUGAUAAUAAUUAUAGGAUAAAAUCAUAUAUUACUUUUAUAGAAUACACAUUCAAACUAAGUUAUCAUAGAUUAUUUACAUGGUGUUAUAAAAAACCUUCUAAAAUUAAACUAUGAUAAAGAAUUGAUUGUUAAUAUUUAAAUAUUGGCAAUGAUAUGUCAUAUUAAGUUUCAUUACUAAAUUGCAAAUUAUUUCUGAGGUGAAUAAUAUAAUAUAAAUAUAUAUAGGCCUAAUAUAAAUAUGUAAUAUAAAUAUAUAGCCUAUAUAUAGGGCCUAUAUCUUUAUAAGCAUUUGAAAAAAAAAACAUACAUAAAUUAAUAGACCUUUAUACAAGUCCAUUAUUUUAAUAGUAAUUUAAAUUGUAAUAUGAUAACUCAAUUGAUCUUAUUUGAUUGCCACAUUAAAUAUUAUACUUUUAAAAAUUUAUUUUACUGUUUACGGGUAUGAACAGGAAAAAAAACAUAACAUAUCCUGAAUAAUUUUAUAUUCUUUUGACCUAUCCUGAAUAAUUUUAUAUUCUUUUGACCUAUCCUGAAUUAUUUUAUAUUCUGACCUAUCCUGAUUCGAAUUAUUCCAACUUUUUUAAAAUGAGCAAUCUACUUUUCUUGUUUCUCAACAUCUGAGAUCCAUGAUUCUACUAGUUUUCAAAAAUAAUAUCUAAAAAUUGAUGUGUCUUUUUUUUUUAUUUUAUGUUACAAUUUCAAUUUUUAAUAAUUUUUUUUUUUGGUGCUUACCUAUAAUCAAUACCGUCCAUAUCAAAAUUGUUAUAGAUCUAUAAGUUAACCCAAUGUUUUUUUUACUUGCCAAGAGAAAAUGCAUGCAUGUUUUAUAACCUAUAUUAUAUUUAUUCAUUUUAUAUUCAGUCAUAGACUAAUGCUCAUUUUGAUGAGGGAUGCCUUUUGUUGGAACAAAAUUUCAUUUUCAGUUUUAUAUAUUUUUUUUUGCAGACUAUAUAAAUAAAUCUGACAUGUUUAUAGAAUGUGUAGCGCAAAAAAUCAAAUAAAUUUUUACAACUAAAAUUAAUUGAGAGUUUAUUUCCAUGUGCUUCAUGCAGAUAUUAAAUAGAAACAUCACCAGGUACAUUUUGUAACCUCAAUUUUUUUUUAUAUAAAAAACUACUGCUGGGACAGAAUUCUAACAAAAAUUUAUUUUCUCAAUUUUAAAUCUUUUUGCAAUAUAUGUAGAAGUAAUUGUUACUUUUAGAUCAAUGUCACAUAUUUCUUACUUUAGUUUCAUUUCAUUGGCAGCCAUAGGCCUACUAUAUAUGGAAAACAUAUAAUAGGCUUAAUUCAGUGUAUUUACAGCAUUUCUUGUUUCUUUACAAUGUAAUACUUUUUAAAAUUAUUUAAUUUCUUUUUAUUGUAGAUGAUUUGAAAUUUGCUAUAUCUAAUUUGUGUGUGUGUGUGUAGACUGUGAUAAAUGCAGACGUUUUAUAUUUCCUCAGCUUUACAUUUCAUUUAACUAUUAACUCUUUCUCACCGUAAUUAUUUUCCACAUUCCUAUGAAAUUAUUCAUUUUGCUCAUUUGUGUUUCAAUAACUUUUUUGUAUGUAAUCAGGAAAUGUUAUAUUGGGUAUAUAAUUAUAGAAGAAUGCAUGUUCUGUUUAUAUAACACAAAUUACAGUAUAUAAAACCAAAAUUUCAUUUCAUUUUAUGGUGUCGAAUCAACGUUGGUAUCGUCAGCUAGGAGAGAAAGAGUUAAACAUUCUAUUUCCUCCUCAACAUUACUGGUAAUCACAUAGUGUUAAAAUUUAAAGGGGAAAAAAAAUGUCAUUUCAGCUAGAAUUAAAUUUUGAAUGGUGUUAAAAAAAAAAAAUUUCAUAUGGGAAAAUUUGUCCUUGAAGAAAGCACUAUAAAUGUCUUGAAAGUAAAACAGCAGUUAUAUGUGUCAUACCCAUGACAAGUAAUAUAGAAAAGGUUUUCUUUUUAAAUCAAUUUCCCUCUUUAUGAAGCUGAUGGUGCUCUUGGAUAUGAUGGGAUCACAUUCAUGUGUGAUCUUCAUUGAAAAAAAAAUUGGCAGUAUGGGUAUCGAACCCAUGAAAUUUGCAUGGUUAGUGUGACACUUAAUUAACUUUGUCAGUUUUGGAAAUUUCCAGUCAUCGACCCUCUAAAAUUUUCCUUAAUACAGGUUUGUUUUUUUUAACCAUGAAGAGUGUAUAAGCUAAUAUUUUGAUUGUUCCUAUAACUCUGAUUCAUCUUUCCUUUAAGAUUUUCUUUGUUUGAAGUGAGUAAUAAAACAUGGCAUUGGAUGUGUUUGCUACUCUGUAGCUUUAAGAAAAUACAAUCUAGUUGAUAAUCUAAAUCUUUGAAAAUGUCUAGUUCUAUACUAAUACAAUCACAAUGAUUUGGUUUCUAGAUUAAAUUACAAGGAGUUCAAGUUUAUGAGGCAUGAUGUUGUUUUCUAGUAGACUUGUUAACAAGUAAAGAUACUGUAUAGUAGUGUAUAGUAAUGUGGUUAGUGCUGGACAUUUAAUUCAACUUAUUUUAAAUGACUAUUUGUGAUUUCAAUUUUGUAUGUAGAACAUUAUAAACUGCAUGAUUGGAGAUUACUUUUAAUUUACUCAAUUUUCUAAUCAUCAAACAGGGUGAGGUGGAGUGUUCAGCUCUGAAUAGGGUUAAGUCAAAAUAUUGCCACCUAGUAACAUUCCCCAUACCUGAAGGUUUCUAGGGCAAUUAAAAUACAUUUAACUUCUUUCAAGAGGAUCAAUGUAUAAACUGCAGUUACCUCCUCUAACAAAUGCUAUAGAAUGGCUAGACCAGAUCUUAACAUUUUAUUCUUUGAUAUAAUGCAUACAAUAUAUUUACUUGUAUUUCUUCUGUUAGUUAUGCUUCUAAUAAACAAACUUUCUAAAACA